UUAGGUCAACAAAAAUGGCGAGAUGACGUUCGUGGAAGUGUUGAAAGUGGUACUUUCAUUUCGAUAGCAAGAGUAGUUGCUUCAAAGAAAGGCAAUAAUGGCUGAUCGGAAUAGAACACGAUCCAAAAUUUACGAGACGUUAAAUAACCCUGAACUUCGCUGUAAAACGGGUUGUGGUUUCUAUGGAAACCCAGCAUGGAGAGGUUACUGUUCAGUAUGCUACAGAGAGGUGUAUCUUAAGCAGCAGAGGGCACGAGCUGCAUCACAUAGCAGAGAAGAUGCGUUAUCUGGUGGCUCUCACAAUUUCCAAACAGAGGUGGGGCAUGAGGAGGAAGAAUCAGGAGGAAAACUCAAGUUCAACAAAUUUGAAGAAAAAAAGAGGUUCCAGUUAGAAUCAAAAAAACAAAGUGUCAAGAAAUUAUUCAAAAAGAGUCCAGGCAGAUCUUCUGUACCAGAUGCUGCAAAUUUAUCCCCAUCUCAAGUUGAGCCUGAAAAGAGUGUUUCAAGUUUCCGGGAUUUCCUAAAGACCCUCAGGAAACCAGCAGCACAAGAUGUCAAUGACAAAUGCAAAGUGUUUGUUCAGAGCAUUUUAAACAACCCAUCUCUGAAGGUGGAAGAACAGAGUCAGUUGGUUCAUGACUUUUAUGGGGCAAUGUCAGAGCAUCUACAGUCCCAUCAGUUGUUUCAAAAUCAGCCACAGGAAGUGAUUGACAGAACAUUGGAUGGCGUAGAAAAACACAUCAUGACAAAGUUGUAUAGAGUUGUUUUCUGUCCAGCUUCUACGGAUGAUGAAGCUAGAGAUUUGGCAAAUCAAAAGCGUAUAAGAAGUUUUAAGUGGAUAACUCCUCAGCAUCUAGAUGCUGCUAUAAAUCCUAACAGUGACAAGGUACAGCAGUUGAUUGAGGAAGCACAAGAAGAAAUUAUUCACUUCUCAACACCUGCUGGAGGAGCAGUUAGUGCCGAUGACUUCCUUCCUUGUUUCAUUUAUGUUGUCUUAAAAGCAAAUCCUACAAUGCUACAUUCCAAUGUUCAGUAUAUCUCCAGAUUUUGCAAUCCUAACAAACUAAUGAUGGGAGAAGCUGGAUAUUACUUCACAAACCUUUGUUGUGCUUUAUCGUUCAUUGAGAAGCUUGAUGCUCAGGCAUUAUCCAUGUCUCAGGAAGAGUUUAACAGAAACAUGUAUGGGGAUGAAAGCGACGGUGCAGAGCAAACCAAACCUGAAGCGGAGCCUCCUGUGACAUGCAAGGGUCUGGAACUUAUGAAGUCCAAUUUAGAGAGGCUUGGCACUUUGAGGGAACGCCAAGUGAAGCUUAAGGAGGACGCUCUUUUACUACAAGCACAAAUGACAGAAUUCAGGAACAACAUAGUAAAGGAGGUUGACGCUAUCUUAGCUGGAACAAGUAAAGGAAACACGUAUCUGAAACCAGUCUUAACAGCAGGCGAGCCGCUUGAGACAGGUGUGACUGCGAGUUGAUCUACCAAACAAAGAUGUCAAGAACAUUUGCAACUGAGACUUGAAUCGGCGCAGAAAAGGCGCAUCGAUCCUGAUAAACGGCGAAAUUUUUUCACAUUUUCCACACCUCCUUCCGUGAUCAUAAAAAUACUGUUUUAUGCUAUAGUUAAGAUAUUAUGCGCGCUGUCAUUGGUCGAUGGGUUUGAUUACGUGGGAUUAUAGAUGCAUGCGCGCAUAUUUUUUGCGAACUAUUUUCUGAAAAUAAUAGGACUUUUAUUUCGUGUCUACAGAAAGUGAUUUAGACAUUCGGGAGGAUUAAGAGAGUUCACAAAAUGUAAGCAAGUCUUUCAUUGCAUCUCGAGUUCACUUAAUUUUUCUCGAAUUCUUUCAACCUCUCUCUCUCUCUCCCUCUCUCCCCUCUUCCUGUUGUGUUUAAAUACACCUCUGUCGUUAUGUCUAGAUACGCCUCUGUAUUCACGGAAAGAGUCCUCUAUUGCUUAAAUAGACACUUGCAUGCAAUUGUACAUAGUACUUAAUUUUGUUAUUAUAAUUAACCACUGAAGACAGAAGAUUCGGGGAGAAGACGAUCUGAAAACUGUACUGAAAAAGGAGUUACUGAGAACAAGUUACAUAAAAUACCACGAACAAGUUUUAUAUGGAAAUUAUUUAGUUAUAUGUAAUGCAAAAAUUGCUAUUUAUACUUGCAUAUUUCAAUAAAUUAUAUAUGUCUAUUGUUUUUCACCCCAACUGCAAUGUGUACAUGAUAUUUACAAUCGAAUUCAUUGUAGUGUGUUCAGUCGAAUCUAAGUUAAAUAUGACUUUUGAUAUUCACAUAGGACAAGAAAUUAAAUCUUGCAUGAGAUUGGAAA